AUGAGUGAAAAACAUCACUAUUCUCCUCAAGACGAUUACAAUAGAGCUGGUCUUCCCCAGUAUCCAGCUUCCUCUCAACAAGGCAACACUAGUAGCCAAUAUUACAAUCGACCUCCAGCACCUCAGCAGUAUAAUCAACAAUAUGCUACACAAAACAGGCAUUAUGGAGGUCAACCACCACCUCAAAGCUAUGGUCAGCCAGUUUAUGUUCAGAAAAAGCCUCCAUCUAGUGAUUCCAGUAGUUGUUUAGCUGCCUGUUUAGCUGCUUUGUGUUUAUGUUACUGUUGUGAUGCUCUUUGUUAG